UUUAUAUACCUACAAUCCAGAUGCCUUGCACAUUGAAAAGUUUAAUCUUUGAAGAUAACGUGUUUUUUUCUGGGAUUAGCCAUCGUGUGAUAGACACGCCUUCUCUUGAAUACCUCCACAUGAAGGACCUUCACGAACUCUGAGCUAAAAUUUUCUUUUAGCAAUUUCACUAACAUGGUGGAGGCACAUCUUGAUAUUCUGCAUAACGAUAUUAAGUAUAUUGGUUGGGUGCCCCACCUUCUCCAUGCACUCCGCGAAACAAAAUUCUUGGCAUUGAAAGGUUACACAGCACUGUGCUUAUUUAGUGCCCCAGCUUUCGAAUUUCACCGUUUGCUCAAUCUAGAGCUUGAUGUUCCAUGUUUCAACACAAACUUCCUGCUAAACUUCCUUCAUAAUUCUCAUGUACUUGAAACUCUUGUGAUUCAUGAUAUUUCCAGGGACAAAUAUUUUCGUCCGCUGGAGUAUGAUGGGACAGCACCACCAACCAUGGUUCCCAAUUGUGUGACGUCACAUCUCAAGAGUUUUGAAUUUAGAGGAUAUGAAGACUCUGCAGGUGAGCGUGAAUUUAUUGCAUAUCUUUUGCAAAGAGGACUUGCUCUGAAGACCGUCACAAUUCAUCUUAAAUAUGUUUUCAACCAAGAGACAAAGUACGAUAUUGUCAGCGAAUUAUCUGCUAUACCAAGGGGCUCUGCAACAUGCCAACUAAAUUUCAUUGACCAAAAUGCUGUUGAGCAUGGUUGAUGGCAAGUUGGCAACUCUACACUUUGGUCAACUACAAAACGAUUUUUGAUGCAUCAUGACUAGGAUAUGAACCAUGUUUUUAUUUUUACUUUUCUGUGAAUCUUUUAUUUGCUUAAUAUAUUUUUUCCAAUAACAUGUUUUUUUGAUGCACUUGUUUGCAAAAAGAGGCAGAGGUAAUUUUUCAUUUAGUUGGUAUUUUUGGUAUUCAUUCGUUUACUUGUGAGUCAUAUUUAAAAGAAACUAUUUAUUAUUUUAAAUCAAAUUAAGUUUGGAAACAGAAAAUUAUCCCUUACUUCUUUUUAUUUUAAAUAUAUAUCAGAAAAUGUCCAAACACAUAUGGCGAAAAUUUUUAUCAUUGUUAUAUUUGGAGGAUUGUAAUCAUGCUGAUUAUUUGUGUGACUUUAGAAUUGUUAAGUUGCUUAACACUGAAUCAAUGUUAGGCCAGUCUCCCACAUUAAUUCUCUGUUGAUGUCUAUGAAUACUUCUUACAAAAAAAUAUGUAAUUUGGUUUGAUGCCCUGUUUUUCUUUUUUCUGCAUGACUUGUAACUAAUUGUGCACAUAUAGACUGAAGAGUGAGUUAGUUAAUUGAGUUAGAUUUAGACUAGUUGUAUUUAUCUCUAGCUAGCAGGUCCACUUAGAUAGAGUAUAUACAUAAAACGUGUAACGUGUAAGAUUGCUGACCAAUCUUUUCUUCAUAUCCUCUGUAAUUUUUCUCUCUAACACUAAUGAGAAUCAGAAUACAGAACUUCCUCUUUUCCAUAUUCCACUCUUGAGUCACACACGGUUAAAGUACUCGAGCUAAUCAAGGUCACCUGGUCUUAAUGUUUCUUAUUGUUCCUAAGUAUGCUUGUCCUAGCUUAAACAACUAGCUGAAGUAGGAUUUUUAUUGGAGAGAUACAUUCUUGUUCUAUUUAAUUUUUUGGUGGAUUUUGAGGGAUAGAAAUGAUAUCUACAAUUCUGAUGAUGGAUGAGGUGCUAACAAAGUAGUAAGUAUGAUCCGGAGUUCAACUUGAGAAAUACUUGUCAUCUUUAAUAUGCACAUUUUUUAUCUCUUUUUGUGCUUUGAGUUAGAACUGGAAGACUUGCAUCACCUUGAU